UCCGCGUGUGUGGAGCCGCGCCAUAGGGCGGGCGGCGGCGGCGGCGCGACAUGGAGGAUGGCGUCGCUCCUGCUGCAGCUGGCGCUCCUCGGCUCGGCGCUGGCGGCCGCGGCCCUGAUACUGGUUUCCUUUAUUGCGUUUAUAACUGCUGGAGAAAUGCCCCGCCUUCAUCGACAUGAACAAGAGAAGUUCUUCUUAAACACCAAAGGCCAGAAGGAAACUUUGCCCAGCAUAUGGGACUCACCUACCAAACAGCUCUCUGUUAUCGUGCCUUCCUACAACGAAGAAAAACGGUUGCCUAUAAUGAUGGAUGAAGCUCUGGACUACCUAGAGAACAGACAGAAACAAGAUCCUGCGUUCACUUAUGAAGUGAUAGUUGUUGAUGAUGGUAGCAAAGAUGAGACUUCAAAGGUUGCUUUUAAGUAUUGCCUGAAAUAUGGAAGUGACAAAGUACGAGUGAUAACGCUGGUGAAGAACCGUGGGAAGGGUGGAGCAAUUAAGAUGGGUAUCUUCAGUUCUCGAGGAGAAAAAAUCCUUAUGGCAGAUGCUGAUGGAGCCACAAAGUUUCCAGAUAUUGAGAAGCUAGAAAAAGGAUUGAAUGAUCUACAACCUUGGCCUGAUCGAAUGGCUAUUGCAUGUGGAUCGCGAGCACAUUUGGAAAAAGAAUCAAUCGCUCAGCGUUCUUACUUCCGCUCUCUUCUCAUGUAUGGUUUCCACUUUCUGGUAUGGUUCCUUUGUGUCCAAGGAAUCAGGGACACGCAGUGUGGGUUCAAAUUGCUAACCCGAGAAGCAGCUUCGAGGACAUUUUCAUCUCUGCAUAUUGAACGAUGGGCAUUUGAUGUAGAACUGCUUUAUAUAGCACAGUUCUUUAAAAUCCCAAUAGCAGAAAUUGCUGUCAACUGGACCGAAAUUGAAGGUUCUAAAUUAGUCCCAUUUUGGAGCUGGCUACAGAUGGGCAAGGACCUGCUUUUUAUACGACUUCGGUAUUUGACUGGUGCCUGGAGACUUGAACAAAACAGAAAAAUGAAUUAGGGUAUUUGUCAUCUCUAAUUGUAUUCUUACAUAACAGUGUCACAUAUUUCAUUUGAAAUUAAAAUUUUAAAUAAAGUUGGUAUAAACCU